AGGAAAUUACAGGGCAACGCCAUCUUGGAACCCGCUGCAGGGAAAGUGCCCACUGGGCGCGGCCAUAUUGGCUGGUUCCUGACCCUGGUGUUGACGCCAUCUUGAAAGUGUCUCCACGGGAGCCCAGAAGAGUCAAUUGGCGGAAUCUCCCUCCCCUGCCCCCAGAUGAACACCCCCUUGCAGGGGGAAGGGCCUGGCCAUUAGAUGCCAGGAGACAACGUGCCGGUUAGAAACUGAGGCCCCCACACAGUAUUCAGAGGAAACGUUGAGAACAGCCCCACCUCGUCACAGGGCCCUGCCAGGGAAGCUCCCAGCUGGGAGGAUUGUUGCAGGAGGAAGCUCGCAGCCUGGGGCACUGAUGGAGGAAGAAGCUCGCAGCGUGAGGGCACUGCCAGGGAAGCCUGCAGCAGGGGUGGGGAGAAGCUCACAGCAUGGGGGCACUGUUGGACGAGGAAGCUCGCAGCGUGGGGGCACUGUUGAGGAGGAAGCUCGCAGCGGGGGGGUGGAAGCUCGCAGCACUUAUCUCCCCUGUCACACUGCUGGCUCCCCUCCAGGGACCUUGGACCCAGGCUCCGGCCCAGCCCCCCCGUCAAGUUAAAGUCUCUGCCCCUCCCGCUUCUUCCUCUUUGUGCGAGGGGACAGACGGAAACACGCCGGGAGCGGCAUGGCGCCCGGCCCCCACUACGCCCCGGCCCCACCGCAGGAGCCUGCGCCCCCCCCAGCGCCCCCCGUCAAGCUGAAGCGAGAGAUUUCGCUGCUCAGCGGCGUCUGCCUCAUCGUGGGCAACAUGAUCGGGUCGGGCAUCUUCGUGUCACCCAAGGGCGUCCUGCUGCACAGCGCCUCCUACGGGCUGGCACUGGCCGUGUGGGCCGUGGGCGGCCUCUUCUCCGUCUUCGGGGCGCUGUGCUACGCCGAGCUGGGCACCACCGUCACCAAGUCGGGGGCCAGCUACGCCUACAUCCUGGAGGCCUUCGGGGGGCUGGCGGCCUUCGUCCGCCUCUGGGCCUCCCUCCUCAUCAUCGAGCCCACGAGCCAGGCCGUCAUCGCCCUCACCUUCGCCAGCUACAUGGUGCAGCCCGUCUUCCCCAGCUGCCCCGGGCCCUACGCCGCCCACCGCCUGCUGGCCGCCGCCUGCAUCUGUCUCCUGACAUUCGUUAACUGCGCCUAUGUGAAAUGGGGGACGCGCGUCCAGGACGUCUCCACCUACGCCAAGCUGCUGGCGCUCCUGGCCGUCAUCGUGGCGGGCAUCGUCCGCCUGGCGCAGGGAGACUCCGAGCACUUCGCUGAGCCCUUCGCGGGCUCCUCGCUGGCCGUGGGGGACCUGGCCCUGGCCCUGUACUCGGCGCUGUUCUCCUACUCGGGCUGGGACACCCUCAACUUCGUCACCGAGGAGAUCAAGGACCCCGAGAGGAACCUGCCGCUGGCCAUCGGGAUCUCCAUUCCGCUGGUUUCGGCCAUUUACCUGCUGACCAACGUGGCCUAUUACACGGUGCUGGCGCCCUCCGAGCUGCUGGCCAGCGACGCAGUGGCCGUGAGCUUCGCCGACCGCGUCUUCGGCAUCUUCAACUGGACCAUCCCCCUGGCCGUGGCCCUGUCCUGCUUCGGGGGGCUGAACGCCUCCAUCCUCGCCGCCUCCAGGCUGUUUUUCGUGGGCUCGCGGGAGGGGCACCUGCCCGACGCGCUGUGUAUGAUCCACGUGGAGCGAUUCACCCCCGUGCCAGCACUGCUCUUCAACGGGGCCAUGGCUCUGGUCUAUCUCUGUGUGGAGGACAUCUUCCAGCUCAUCAACUACUACAGCUUCAGCUACUGGUUCUUCGUGGGCCUGUCCAUCGCUGGGCAGCUCUACCUGCGCUGGAAGGAGCCCAACAGGCCCCGCCCACUCAAGUUGAGCAUCGUCUUCCCGCUGUUUUUCUGCCUCUGCACCGUGUUCCUCGUGGCCGUCCCGCUCUACACCGAUACCCUCAACUCGCUCAUUGGCAUCGGCAUCGCGCUCUCGGGGCUGCCCAUCUACUUCCUACUGGUGUGCGGCCCAGACACCCGCCGGCCCCUCUGGCUGCGGUCAGCCGUGGCCGGCGCCUCCCGUCACAUCCAGGUGCUGUGCCGGGCCGUGGUGACGGAGCUGGACCCCGCUGAUGCUCGCCCCAAAUACCAGUGACGGAGCCAGGGGGGAGGGGGCACCUUCCCUCCCCCACAGACCCACUCCUCCCCUUUUAUUUAUUGGCCCCCCCCUUCCCCCGGAAGCAGCUGCUACCAAUAAACCAGCAUCACUCCAGUCACA